CUCCCCCCCAACCCCAAGUCCAUUCUCUCGUUCCCAAACCCUGCAUCCUUCUCUUUCACACAAGCCUCUCUCUCGCCGGCUUCGGCGUCCGUCUCCUCCUCCUCCUCUUCGUCUAGCCUUGUGGCGGCGUGCGGUGCGGUGCGGUGAGGAAAGGAGGGAGCUUUGAAGGUCGGGGGAGGGCGGAGGAGAUGUCUGAGGUGUCCGUUAUGGCCGAGGUGGAGGAGACGGCGGCGGCGGCGCCGCUGGACCUGCCGCCGGGGUUCAGGUUCCACCCCACCGACGAGGAGAUCGUCUCGCACUACCUCACCCCCAAGGCCCUCAACCACCGCUUCUCCUCCGGCGUCAUCGGCGACGUCGACCUCAACAAGUGCGAGCCAUGGCACCUCCCAGCCAUGGCGAAGAUGGGGGAGAAGGAGUGGUACUUCUUCUGCCACAAGGACCGCAAGUACCCGACCGGGACGAGGACGAACCGGGCGACGGAGAGCGGCUACUGGAAGGCCACCGGCAAGGACAAGGAGAUCUUCCGCGGGAGGGGCAUCCUCGUCGGCAUGAAGAAGACGCUCGUCUUCUACCUCGGCCGCGCGCCCCGUGGCGAGAAGACCGGCUGGGUGAUGCACGAGUUCCGCCUCGAGGGCAAGCUCCCCAGCCAGCUCCCGCGCUCCGCCAAGGACCAGUGGGCGGUGUGCAAGGUGUUCAACAAGGAGUUGGCGCUGGCGGCGAAGAACGGGCCAAUGGCGGUGACCGAAGCGACCGCCGACGACGCGGGGAUCGAGCGGGUCGGCUCGUUCAGCUUCCUCAGCGACUUCAUCGACCCCGCCGAGCUGCCGCCGCUGAUGGACCCUUCCUUCGUCGCCGACAUCGACGGGGUGGACGACGCCAAGGUGUCCGCGUCGACCUCCGGGCAGGCCGCGAUCGCCGCCGGCUUCCAUGUCGCGUCGCAGGUCAUGAGCUACCAGCAGGUCAAGAUGGAAGAGCCGUUGCCGCUGCCGUACCUGCACCAGCAGCCGCCGCGGAUGCUGCACUCGGGUCAGUACUUCUCGCUCCCGGCGGUGCACCCCGGCGACCUGACGCCGUCGGCGAUCCGGAGGUACUGCAAGGCGGAGCAGGUCUCGGGGCAGACGUCGGCGCUCAGCGCCUCGCGCGACACCGGGCUCAGCACCGACCCCAACGCCGCCGGCUGCGCGGAGAUCUCGUCGGCGCCGACGUCCCAGCCGUUCCCGGAGUUCGACGACGGGAUUCUGGGCCUCGACGACUUCUGGAACUAAUCCACGCCUGAAUGAUCCGGAGCUAGCUCCCUACCGACCUUGCGCUACAGGAUUUUGCUUCAGGCUGGUUGAUUAAUUACUUGAUUUGAUUAAUUAACUUGGUGUUUCAUGCUUGGGUUAAUUAGUGGCAGUUUGUUGAUGCAUCCUUCUCUUCCUCCUUCCGAUCGAAGGCUUCUUCUCGGGAUGGGUUCGGAUGAUCAGAUUAUUUAUCAUCCAUCCAGACCUCCAGGGAUUAGCUAGGACUCCUUGUUAAUUAAUCCUAGCUAGCUAGGUUUCUUCAUGUCUUGAUCUGAUGUAAAUACAAUUACUACUACUAAGUACGGGGUAUCCUGAUUGUGUCUAGUAGCAUGAUGAUUGAUUAUACUACAAUCAAUGGGGUGUAGAUUAGGGGUGGAUUGAUCAUUUACGAAUUGAUUAAUUUGGCAUUUGAUGAGCCAGCUAGCUGCUAGCUUUAUAAAGCUUUAUACUAUGUACAUGUACCAUUAAUUGCUUGAGCUAGACAUCUCAUCAUAUGUGAAUUGAUGCUUCGGUUUAGCCUUUUUCCUUUA